AAUUGAAAAUCCGGUGGAAACCUGUCAUGUGGGCCCCACGGGAUUUAUUUUUUUUUAUUUUUUUUUCGACUUUAUUCUCUUUCUCAUUCAAUUUUCUCAACCUACCCUAUUCUUCAUUCAAUUAGCUCCUUCGAUUCUCUGCAAAAUCCCCUUUUCUUCAUAAUUUUGAACACCUCAUCAAAUUAGAACCCUAAUUUUCUUUUUAAAACUAUGAUUGUUCUGCAAAGCAUUCAUUCGAGGGUAAUUAGUUGUACUAGAGAGGUUAAAUUGAAGAAAAGUCGACAUCUUGGGGCUGUUUGUUGGGGACAAGUUACAUAUGUCAGUAAGAAGUGAAUAGCUUAGUGCAAUGACAUCAAAAGAGGACGAAGAAUGAGAGCUCAUUAUUCCUUGCCAAAUUUCUCCUGAUGUCAGCUUGUCUUCUUCAUAAUUUACAAUUCCCAGAAAAUUUAUCAAAACCAGACAAAUUAGAGGGAUUAUUAUUGGAAAAAGAAACGAACUUUCUCAAUUCCUAAAUACCCAAAUAAACUCAAUUCCUAAAUACCCAAAAAAAAAAAAAAAAAUGGGAUCAGAAACCAACUCUCCAACACCAUCUCCAAGUGGGAAGAGAAGCAGAGAUCCUGAAGAUGAAGUUUACAUCGACAAUCUUCAUUCUCAUAAGCGUUAUCUCAGUGAGAUGAUGGCAUCAAGCUUAAAUUGUUUGACUGUGGGUGACCCAAUUCCUGAAAAUCUGUUGGAUUCUCCGGCGAGGUCUGAAAGCAUGUUCUAUUCAAGAGAUGAAUUGUCCUUACAGUAUUCACCCAUGUCUGAAGACUUAGACGAUGCACGAUAUUAUGAAACUCCCAUGAGUGCCUGCUCAUCUCAAUCUGAAAGCCGUCCUACUAGUCCUGUCUCCCCGUAUAGAUAUAAACCAGUUGGUGCAUUUUGCUCUAGUCCUCCUACCACCUCACAGCCUUCAAAUGGAUGCAGUACCUUCUCAGGUUCUUCUCAACCUCGUCAGAGAGGUUCUGAUACUGAAGGAAGAUUCCCUUCUUCACCGAGUGAUAUAUGCCACUCAGGGGACUUAAGGAAAGCUGCUCUUUUACGAUCUGUGCAGAUGAGAGCCCAGCCUUCAUGCUCACCAACAUUUGAUCUAGGAUUUACUGGAGCUCAAGAGGGAAUGCAGAAUGUUGAAUCUGAAACUCGAUCUUGCUCAUUUUUGAAACCUUUGGAUGAUGAACGUGAGUACCAUGAUGAAGGAUGUCCUGUCAUAACUUCUUCUGGUCCUGAAUUCGAUGAAAGAAAGGAUUCAAUGGCAGUGACUAUGGUUGAGAGAAUCAUAUCUCUGGGCUAGCUGUCAUAUGAAAUUGGUUUAUUGAUAUCAAUGUUUGGUGUCUGACACUUGUACGGGCCCACAUAUGAAGUUUGUAUUUCUUUUUCUUUUAUCGGUGAAGACAUAUGAAGAUUGUUGGUGCAAACUGCGAAGUUAUCUGUUGUGGGAUUAAUGAUGAGAAAAGCUAUUAGUUGACCGCAUAUUUGAGACUCUUAAUGCCAGAACAAAUGGUUACCCCACUCCUAUCCAUUAUAACAACAGCCUAGUAUCAAUUUCGUUGAGGUUAGAUCUGGAGACGUCCACGUGUACGCAGCUAAAUUCCUAGAUAUGUUGUAUACUUGUAAUUAGAUAACUGAUGGAGGCCUAAUUGGAUUAAUAUUCAAAGGGAGCUGUACGCUGCUCUUUGUUCAAGAUGUCAGACUGGCAAGUUGAAAUUUUGAUGUUUGCUGCUGAUAUUAAUCAUCAAUUUGACUGUUGGAAAAAUCUGUAAGUUCAAUUUCAUUUUUUACUUUUCUCCUUCCAUGGCUACGACCCUGUUCUCAAUUCUAUUUUUCAUCUAUGUCUUGCAAAAGAUGGCUUGAAAACUUCAGUGCUUGAAUAUAUGUUGAUUUAUUUUUUCUGCCA